AUGGAGAAGAAAAUUACAGAGAAGAUCGCGGCCUUGCCGCCCGACGCAAAUUACUUCUCGCUGGAGUUCUUCCCGCCGAAGACUCGCAUGGGUUUUGCAAACUUAUCUGCGCGUCUUGAGCGUAUGGCCCAGGCCCUGCGUCCGCUUUUCGUCACAGUCACUUGGGGUGCAGGCGGAAGCACCGCGGCCCGCUCCCUCGAGCUGGCGGAGGUUUGCCAGCGUCAACUGCAGUUGACCACAGUAUUGCAUCUGACAUGUACGAACAUGAGCCGCGCGUUGGUGGAUAUGGCACUGGAGGAGGCUAAGGUGCUGGGUAUCCGGAAUAUUUUGGCUUUACGUGGCGACCCGCCUCGCAGCGAGGAAUAUAACAUGCACGGAGAGGACGAUAGCAACAAGGACUUCACGUUCGCCGUGGAUCUGGUUAAAUACAUUCGCAAGCAGCAUGGCGAUUAUUUCUGUCUUGGUGUUGCUGCAUACCCUGAGGGUCAUCCUGCCGAUUCGUUCCAGGAUGUUCAGAAUCCCGAGCGUGAUCUUCCAUACCUUAUUGAGAAGACUGUCGCAGGCGCAGACUUCAUUAUGACACAGCUUACUUAUGACUUGGAGGCUUAUCAAAAGUUCGAGAAUAUGCUUCGCAACCACGAGUCCGGAGUCUUUAAGACUAUCCCUAUCAUUCCAGGACUGAUGCCCAUCCACAGCUACAAAAUUCUCACUCGUGUGACAAAGCUCAGCCAUGUCACAAUUCCCGAUCCCAUUGCUAAGCGGAUUGAAGAAUUGAAACAUGAUGACGACGCCGUUAAGCGUGCUGGUGUUGAUAUAGUCAGUGAAAUUGUUGGAGGUAUCAGAGAUCUGAAGUCCCCAGGUCCAAGAGGUUUCCACUUCUAUACCCUCAAUCUGGAAAAGACAGUGUCAUUCAUCUUGGAGCGAUGCGACUUGAUUUCUCCUUUCUCCGUUAACCAGGAUGACUCCGCUAUUGAUUUCGAUGGUACUGUGUCUCUUGAUGACGUUCCAACCCGCGCUCUUCAGGGAAGACGCCGUUCCUCGAUCAACUCGCAGCCCCACAACCGUGUCAUUGUUGACAGGCUAUCUGGUAAAGAUUCAUCUCGAAGUUCGACACAUGAGGCUCUCGCAGAUAGCGCAGGAAUGCCUGCUUUGCCUCCUAACCGCAGCACCACUCUUCAAAUCUCUGAAGGGCUUGGCUCUUUGGGCAGAGAAGCUACAUGGGAUGACUUCCCCAACGGCCGAUGGGGUGAUGCCCGCUCCCCCGCCUUUGGUGAAAUUGAUGGUUACGGUCCCUCUCUUCAUGUCACCUCCGCAGUGGCCCGACGUCUAUGGGGUCAUCCAGUCGAUAAAUCCGAUAUCAACACUAUUUUCAAACGCCAUGUCUCCGGUGAACUCCACAUGGUCCCAUGGUCUGAAGGUGGUGCCGAAGAAGGUACCGACGCAUUGAACGCCGAGACAGAGCUCAUUCGCCCUGAGCUUCUUAAACUUAUUGAUAGUCGUGGCUGGUGGACAUUAGCCUCCCAGCCCGCUGUCAACGGUGUCCGCAGCGAUCACCACAUCUUUGGCUGGGGUCCUCCACGUGAGGGCUUCGUGUUCCAAAAACCCUUCGUUGAGUUCUUUUGCUCUGAUGAUGACUACCAGAACAUUCUUCAGCCAAUGUUCAAAAAGCAUGGCGAUGAGAAACUUGCAUGGUUCGCUACAAACGAGAAGGGCGGCUAUGAGUCAUCGUCACCUGCGCCUCCUGCCGAUGUCGAGCUUGAUGAGCUGACCGGCAACCCGGAAAGUGCCAACGCUGUCACCUGGGGUGUCUUCCGUGGUAAGGAAAUCAUUACACCUACCAUUAUCGAAGAGGUCAGCUUCCGCGCUUGGGGUGAGGAGGCAUUCCGUAUUUGGGAAGAAUGGCGUCGUAUCUAUCCCCGCAACUCGCCUACUGAGCAAUACCUGAACACUGCUAAGAAGCAAGCUUGGCUUGUUUGUGUCGUUGGACAACAAUUCGGUGCUGGUACUCAACCCGGCUCGAAGGAGGAGGAAGAUGAAGUUAAAUGGAUGUGGCGCACGUUGGCGGGUGAGACGCAGGAGUAA